CUCAAAGUUGAGAGAUUUUAUUUUCUCAUUGUUUUUAGUUUCUCAUCAUAACAGUGUUGAUUGGGUUUUGAUUUGAUAGAAGAUUUAAAUUAAAAGUGUAAUUCAGGGUUCAGUCAAGACGGGUCUUCCGUUGUGGAUGCUUGGGUGGGGUGUGGAAAGUUUGCAAGCUGACAUGAAUCGUUUGCUCGCCUUACUCUUCCAUCAGGGAGUCUUAGACGAGCAAUUCUUGCAGCUUCAACAGCUUCAAGAUGAGUCAUCACCAAACUUUGUUUCCGAAGUAGUCACGAUAUACUUCCGGGAAUCUGAGAAGCUUCUUAGAAGCCUUAGAGAACUCCUGAUGGAUAAAGAGUUGUUGGAUUACAAGAAAUUGGGAAUACAUGUGAACCACUUCACGGGCAGUAGUUCAAGCAUUGGAGCUAAGCGAGUUAGAAGUGUUUGCGUUGCAUUCCUUGCUGCAUCUGAACAGGAAAAUAGAGCUGGGUGUUUGCGGGCACUAGAGGUGUUGGAGCACGAGUACUGUUAUCUCAAAAACAAAUUACAUGAACUGUUCCAAAUAGAGCAGCAAAGAGUGAUGGUUUCUGGUGUUAGAUAUCCCAUGCAUCACGGAUGAGAAGAUGAUACAACUUUUUUCUUUCCAGAUUUUUGUACUUUAAGUAGUGUGUGUAGUUCUUGUUGC